CAAAUGCUAAUAUUAAGAGGCAAGGACAGCCAUUCAAGUUUUUGGCAGCCUCACGAAAAGCGCUUUCUUUCUUUGAUCCUUACCAUCACAUCAAUGCCUUUGAACCUUCAAUUCACAGAAAGCCAUUUUCUCAUUCCUUUGAACCUUCACCCAAAAGGGAGGGGAGAGUGACCCGACUAUCCCUUUGCGGAUUUCGGCCCCACCCUCGUCGUCCAUAUUUGAAGCCAACCAACAAAGAGAAAAUGGCUUCCGAUGCUGCAUUCUCUUUCAUUCUCUCUUCCUUUCUUUUCAUCGCCUUAGCCUCUGCUGCUCCAUUUCUUUCGGAGGAUAUAUUUGAGUCUGGGGCAUACACAGGUCGUUCUCUCCUCCAGGCUAAGAAAGCUUGUACCGUGGACUUUCAAAACCAGAACUACACAAUCCUUACAAGUCAAUGCAAGGGACCUCUGUAUCCACCCACUGUUUGCUGCAAUGCUUUCAAGCAAUUUGCCUGCCCUUUCGCGGAUCAGAUAAGCGACAUGACGACAGAUUGUGCUACAGUGAUGUUCAGUUACAUAAACAUCUAUGGAAAAUACCCUCCUGGCCUCUUUGCUAACGAGUGCAAAGAAGGCAACGAAGGUCUUGAUUGUCGAUCAGUUGAUGCAGCCAGUCCUACUCCUUCUAGCAAUGGUAGUAACUUGGUUGCUCCUAAGCACUCUCUGUUGCUUAUGCUCGCUUCUUGUUUCAUGGCCAUGUUCUUCCUCUUCCACUUGGUCUGAAUAUGAAUGGCUGAAAUGGAAAAAUAACCCCUGUACUACUACUUAUUGAUGCCAUUUUUUCUUGUACAAGUCUCAUUGCAAAGGCAAGUUUCUUUGUUGCUGGGGUUGAUGUUUUCAAAUCAAGAUUGCUUGGAAUAGUAUAUUACAAUAUAGUUUAUGCUUUGUUGAAUUGAUUCUUGGAGAAAUUAGAUCA